CGCCGUCAACAUGUUCAAGAUUGCCCUGGUGCUGGCUGUGGCCGCCUGCUGCGUGAGUGCCGCCCCCAAGGCCGGCCUCGCCCCCCUGGCCUACUCUGCCCCCCUGGUGGCCGCCGCCCCCGUGGCCUACGCCGCCCCCGCGCCAGCCGUCGUGACGGCGCACAGUUCGCAGUACAUCGCUCAGAACUUCAACGGACUCGCCGUGGCCGCAGCCGCCCCCGUCGUCGCAGCCGCCCCUGCCGUCGCUGCUGCAUACCACGCCGCACCUGCUGUUUAUUUCAGAUAAACAAUUACACGCAAUCA